AUGAUUGAACUUGAUGAGUUUUCAUUACAGAUCAAUAUAAUUGAUACAGUUCAAUGGGAAACAGAUAGAAGAUUCGAUCAAGAAACAGUAACAAACAGUAAUCGUGAAAUAAAGCGUUCUCCUUGGUUUCAAAUCUUCGGCACUACAGAAACAGGAGAACAUGAAUGCUUAAUUGUUCAUGGUUUCUUCCCAGAGAUAUAUGUUAACUGUCCUUCUAAUCCAAAUGAGCUCGAACAGUUCACUUCAGAACUAAUUUCUUACAUAGAGCGUGAUUUUGGCGAUACUUGCAUUAAAUCUUACGAUUAUGCCGAAUAUAUACCAGCCUACGGUUAUCAAGACAAGUGCAAAUUCAUCAGAUUAUUCCUUGUUCAACCAGAUCAACAACAACAGCUAGGACGACACAUAAAUGCAUUCGCCUGGAAUGGAAAACCACAUCAUGCAUACGAAGCACACUUCCCAAACUUUAUAAAAUUUUUAUCAAAAUAUAAUUUGACAGGAUUUGGUUAUAUCCGUCUCAAACACGCCUGGAGAGUUAAAUCAAUACUUAGUAGAUACGGAACUGAAGUACAUUGCCGUGUAGAAGAUAUAAUUGUCGAUUCUUUUAAUCAGCAUUCUCAAUUACUUUCUCAUCUUCGAUUUAUAUGGGCAGAACAACGAGAUCUCAGACGUAGAUUAGGUAUCUCAUCACAACCACCUGUUACAAGCACUGCCCGAAAAGAUAUUAUUUUCACACAGCGACCACCAACGAUUAAACCAAGCCAAGCACCUCCUUUAACGCAAGAACUCGAAGAUCUACUCAAGUACAUUGAAGUUUUCGAUCCUGACAAAGAUCCUCAGAAAUUAAUUGAAGAAGAAAAGAAAACACAAUUAGAAAUUGAUUCAAUUAUGAAAGACGACAGCGGAAUCAAUUACCACACGCCUAAUUCAUUUGUAGAAGGUCGUAUUUCGCAAGUAUUGCAGCCCUCGAUGUCACAGAUGAAAGAGAAACCCUUAGUUCAAACAAUCGCGAGCAAAUUAUUGAAAUCAAAAAAUGUUUUAGUUGUUGAAGAAGAAAAAAAUUCAGAAGAAAGUUCAUCAAAAGAGAAAACUCAAAAUUCUCAAAAAGAACAAGAUAUAGAAACAGGAGAACAUGGCUCGCAAUUCCUCAAGGUUCUUUUCAUUGAAGUAGGCUGUUCUUCAAGAGGAAAACUUCUUCCUAACCCUGCAAUGGAUCAAAUUGUUUGUGCUUGUUUUACUUUGAUGAUUGAUAAAGAAAUCAUUGAAAAAGUGACAUUUUGGGUUGGUCCAAAUUUAGUUAUAGGAGAAAAAGUAGAGUUCUUUAGUUCAGAAAGGGAAUUGCUUGUUGGCGUUAUUAACUAUAUUCUUAAGAUUGAUCCUGAUAUCAUUGUUGGAUGGAAUAUCGAAAGAGAAAGUGUUUUUUACAUAAAUGAAAGAUGUAAAAUUCUAGGAAUCAAAGAUUUUUACGCAGAAGUUUCAAGGACAGGAAAAAAUCCACACGCAAUGGAUGAAGUCAGAUACAUAGAAGGUAGACUGACUGUUAAUCUAUGGCGUGUUGUUAGACAUCAAGCUGCUUUGAGAUCUUAUACUUUGGCAAGUGUUUCUGAUCAUUUUUUAGGUACAAAAUUUCCUGACAUUAAACAAAGCCAAAUAUCUUAUUGGCUGCAUAGUGCUCCAUUUAGGUUUGUCUCUUAUUGUAGAAAGAGAGCAACCGUGAUUAUAUCUAUUUGUCUUGCAAUGAAUUUCGUUGAAUAUUACUGCGAAUUGUCAUCAAUUAUUGGUGCUGAUUUCGCUUCAACUUAUUCUAGAGGCAGUCAAUUCCAAAUUGAAAGUUUGUUGAUAAGAGUUUCGAAGAGAUUAGGUUUUUGUUUACCUUCUCCAACGAGAUUUGAAGUUUCUCAACAAAGAGCACCAAUGGCUCUUCCUUUAGUUAUGGAGCCAAUGAGUGGUUUCUAUUCUGAUCCUGUUUUAGUCAUCGAUUUCCAGUCUUUGUAUCCUUCUUCUAUCAUCGCUUAUAACCUCGAUUAUACAUCAAUUGUUGGUAGAACAGAAGAUGCAAAUACUGGUGGUCGUUUGGGAGUUUACGAGCACAAAGUUCCUACAAGAGUUUUAGAGGAAUUACUCGAAAACGGGAAAAUAAUAAAUACUCCAAACGAUGUAUUAUACGUAACUAAAGACGUAAGACCUGGUUUGUUACCUGCAAUGCUCGACCAAAUACUAAAUUUAAGAGCAUUUAUUAAACAAACACUUAAAAAAACAAAGAAUGCGAAAAUGAAGUCGAUUUUAGAUGCAAGACAAAUGGCUUUGAAAGUCAUUGCUGCUUGUACGUACGGAUAUACUUCAGCGCAUUUCUCUGGCCGUAUGCCUUGUGUUGAAUUAAGUGAUUCAAUUGUUGAAUGUUCGCGUCACGUUUUGGAAUUUACAUUGAAUUACAUUGAAAAAAAUUAUCCUGAAUUAAGUGUUUUAUAUGGAGAUACUGACUCAUUGUUUGUUAUGAUGCCUCCUGCAUCUACCGAGAAAUGUUUCCAAUUUGCAGACAAGCUUUGCGAAGAGAUUACUUCGAUUUUUCCUUCUCCUAUUCGAAUUAAAAUCGAAAAAAUUUACAGAGGAUGUUUCUUAGUGAACAAAAAGAGAUACUGCGGAUUAGUGUAUGAAACAGCUGACCAACAAGUACCAACAUUCGAUGUUAAAGGUCUUGAAAUGAAGCGAAGAGAUUCAUGUCCAUUUACAGCGAGAGUUAUGACUGAAGUUAUUCUUUCCAUUAUAAAAACAAAAGACAUAAAAGAAGCUGAAGUUAUUUUUAAACAAAACAUCAGCAAACUUUGUCAUAACAUCAUCCCAAUCCAUGAAUUAUUCUUCGCAAGAGAACUAAGACUUGGAACAUACAAAGCUUUAGAACCUCCUGGAGCCUUCGUUGCAAGAAGACAGAUGAGUGUUGAUCCAAUGAUGGAACCUUUAUAUGGACAAAGAUUGCAAUAUAUUGUUGUUUCUUCAAGCCCUGGAAGUAGGUUAGUAGAUAAGGUUGUUUCCCCUGAAGAGUAUUUGGAAAGGAAUAUGAGAGUCUGUACUAAAUACUACGUCGAGAAACAAUUAGUUCCUGCUUUAGGAAGAGUUUUAGAAACAAUGGGUGUGGAUGUUUCAAAAUGGAUCAAAAAUGUUAGUGUAGAAUUAAACAGACUGCCUCUUUAUAUAGGAAAAGGAAGCACUGUUAUUGAACAGUUUUGUGUUUCUGCACAAUGCCCUUUGUGCGGAAACCAGUGCUCUACACAAUCACCUGUCUGUAAUAGAUGCUUAACGAGAGCAGGAAGAAAACAAUCGUUGAUAGAGCUGAUUAAAAGAAUUAAAUCUUGUCAGAAAAUUAUCAACGAAAAUGGCGAAAGAUGCAAUGAUUGCAUAGGAGAUCCGGGUACAACAGUGAAUUGCUGCAUGUGCUCUGGCUGUAAUGUAUUCUGGGAAACAAAACUGGCUGAAGAGCAGCUGAAUGUUUACCAAUCAUAUUACAAUGCAUUGAAGAGAUUAGUUAACUAA